UUGAACUUCUUGUUCUGCAUGAGGACGAUUUUAAUAUCAUUCUACGGCCGACGAUGGCAAAGCAAUGGAUUGAAAGGAAGGCAGCCAUUUCAUCAUUGGAGUAUUUUAAGUAUUUAAGUCAUGAUCAGAUUAUUACAGCAUGCAAAUUAGGCAUUAUUCGUCAGUUUGAUCCACUGGAAACAAUAUAUUAUGAAGAUAAAGGUCAAAUUAGUUACGUACAUUUCGUAAUUAGUGGGGAAUGCAUGAUUUUACAAUGUCUAAAAAUGAAGGUUACUACUAAAGCCGGCGGUAAAUCUUUUGAACUCUUUGAUACUUCUCAAAACGAAGGCGAUAAUCUACUAUUUCAAGAUUCCGCUUUAAACAGUUCUAAAGAUGGCAUCUUUCGCAAUAUAUCGUCGUAUUUUGAUGCGAAUUAUGAAAUAAUGUCUGAAGAGGAUGAUAAAAAUAAAAAAGGAAGUCGACUGGUAAGAUAUUUUAAUAAACUAUAGUUAGAACUUCCCAGCGAUGUACAAAUGGGUAUUCCCUCGCAUAUAAUAUUCAAAUCAACAAAGUUAAUAAUAA